UCGGGGCCCGCCCGCGUCGAUGGGCCUCGCGGGCCACCUAACUGCCCGGCUCCCAAGGUGCCUGCCACCCGACUCCGCUGGAGAGGAACUUUUCCGUCGGCUGGAUUUAAUCACCACCCAUUCCCGGGUCCACCUUUCCUUUAAGCGAGGCCGGUGUGGCCAAGGCUGCAAGGAGCCGGGCUGCGAUUGGCCAGUCCGUGCCUCGGGCGGCGGCACGAUUGGCUGGAGCUCCGGGCCUCGGGCAGCAUGCGCCCGCGGGAUUGGCCGCGGCUCUCCCGAGCCCGCACUGUCCCAGCAGCCUCGGUCGGGCGAGGGAAGGGGCCGCCGGGACCGCGGGGCCUGGCGCGCUCGGAGGAACAUGGCGGCGGCGAGCCUCGCUCAGAUUCCUGAUGUAGACAUCGACUCCGAUGGCGUCUUCAAGUACGUGCUAAUUCGGGUCCACCUGGCGCCGCCCUCCGGUUCCCCGGCUGCGGAAAGCAAGGAGAUCGUGCGCGGCUACAAGUGGGCCGAGUACCACGCGGACAUCUACGACAAAGUGUCCAGCGAGAUACAGAAGCAGGGCUAUGACUGUGAGUGCCUGGGCGGCGGGCGCAUCUCCCACCAGAGCCAGGACAAGAAGAUCCACGUGUACGGAUACUCCAUGGGCUACGGCCGCCAGCACUCCGUCUCGACUGAGAAGAUCAAAGCCAAGUACCCUGACUAUGAGGUCACCUGGGCCGAUGAUGGCUACUGAGGACCCCAGCCUGAG